UUUUUAAGGAAAAAGUACUACUGUUGUCUUUCUACUUUCCCAAUAACACCACCCCACCCCCCACUCCACGCCCACCUACUCCCAUUAGACUUUUUCUCAAAAACCUCAAAAACCAGUGUUUCCAUUGAAGUUUUCAAGCUGAAUCAGUUCAAAAAACCCAAAAAGUUUCAACCUUUUUGUGUCUUUUUUCAUAUAUGUAACAAUUUUAUUGAUUUGUUUACUGUUUGAGUUUUGAAUAUUUGAUCAUAGUGCAAAAAGAAUGACUCAAUUGAAGCCAAUUCUUACACAUUUGGAUUCAAUUCCUUCAACCCCAGGAAAGUUUAAGCCUGAUAAAUCUUCCCCUUAUAGUCUUUAUCGUCUCCGUUUUCACCCCACUUUGUUUCCAAGAUUUACUCUUUGGUCCUUUCUUUUCAUUUUUUUCAUCGUUUUAUUCUUCUUUUUCUCAACCCCGACCAACCCCACCACCGGAAACAACCGUAGAAGUCUGAAAAACACUGUUUCGCCAAUUUUAGAGGUCGGCCCGAAUUGGGAACGUCGGGUUCGGGCCUCGGCCCGAACAAGGUCUAAAACGGGCUUUACUGUUUUAGUCACUGGUGCUGCUGGCUUUGUAGGGACACAUGUGUCUUUAGCCCUGAAACGCCGUGGUGACGGCGUUUUAGGGCUGGAUAAUUUCAAUCAUUACUAUGAUGUCGGGCUUAAAAAAGCCCGACAGGGCCUGCUUGAAAGGUCUGGUAUUAUGGUUGUUGAUGGUGAUAUUAAUGAUGCUGUUUUGCUUAGGAAGUUGUUUGAUGUUGUUGCUUUUACACAUGUUAUGCAUAUGGCAGCUCAAGCUGGAGUUAGGUAUGCUAUGCAGAAUCCAGGUUCUUAUGUUCAUAGUAAUAUUGCUGGUUUUGUUACUUUACUUGAAGCAUGUAAAAUGGCUAAUCCACAACCUAGUAUUGUUUGGGCUUCAUCAAGUUCUGUUUAUGGAUUGAAUUCGAAAGUACCCUUUUCAGAAAAAGAUAGAACUGAUCAGCCAGCAAGUUUGUAUGCAGCAACUAAAAAGGCUGGUGAAGAGAUUGCUCAUACAUAUAACCAUAUACAUGGGCUUUCGAUUACGGGGUUGCGGUUUUUUACGGUUUAUGGGCCAUGGGGUAGGCCUGAUAUGGCUUAUUUUUUCUUUACGAAAGAUAUUUUGAGAGGGAAGGAAAUCAAGAUUUUCGAGACGUCUGAUCAUGGUAGCGUUGCUAGGGAUUUUACUUAUGUUGAUGAUGUGGUAAAGGGUUGUUUGGCAGCCUUAGAUACCGCGAAGAAGAGCACAGGGAGUGGGGGGAAGAAGAAGGGUGCUGCUCAAUUGAGGAUUUAUAAUUUGGGUAAUACGAAGCCGGUGCCUGUUGGGAGACUUGUUAGUAUUUUGGAGAAGUUGUUGAAGGUGAAGGCGAAGAAGAAGGUUAUUCAAAUGCCGAGGAAUGGGGAUGUGCCGUUUACGCAUGCUAAUAUUACUUUGGCACAUAAUGAGUUAGGAUAUAAGCCUACUACGGACUUGGAAAUGGGGUUAAAGAAGUUUGUGAAGUGGUAUGUUAACUACUAUGGUUCGAAGAAGAAGAAGAGUGCAUGGUGAAAUUCUUGAACUUGGUGUUGCGUUGUUUCUCUCUAAUGUUCAAUGUGUUGAUGAUGCCUCUACAUUGAUUUGCCACAUUGUUUUAGGUUACUAAUAUUCAACUUCAAGAAUGAUGAAAAAUAAGCAAUCAAACAGGCUGUGAUGAAAUGUUAAUAUAGCUGGGGAGUACAUAACUUUCAAUUUUUCCAGUCGAAUUAACUUGUGGGAUACUCCAUUCACUUGCUAGAUGUCUUGAUGUUUAUUUGUACAACCUUUUUCUUUAAAAUCGUUGUACCCCCUUUUUGACUUUAGGAAAGUAGUUUAGGAUUUUCAUGCCCAUUGCUUUAGAUAAAGUCUGUAAUUUGGGAAUUUACUCUUUCCUGUAAAGCAGCAUUUAGUAUGGUAAACAUUGUUAAACUCUUCAA